AUGUCGCGACGACAUGUCCCGACCUUGAGCGCUGACAGUGCCGUAAUUUCUACUGCCACUGGCGACAGCAGCAAUGUCUCGACAGACUCGUCGGCUGUCCAGACAAGAGCUCGUCGCACGACCGCCCUGUCCACCCAGUCCGACAUUCAUGAUGCGAUCCUCCACCCAGGAAAUGUCCGCAUCAACGUGCGGGGCGCAUUCAUCGUCGACGAUACCAAUAGCGAACCCUCAACCCCGCGCAGCGAAGACUACGAACACGAUCCCCACGAAAUCCGCCUCCCACAUCACACCGAAGUCGUGAGCCAUAUUGCUGUCGAUAUCGGAGGUUCCCUCGCCAAACUCGUCUAUUUCACCCGUGAACCCAAUUCCACCUCCGAUGGCGGCCGUCUCAACUUUGUCAAGUUCGAAACCGACCGGAUAGACUCGUGCAUCGAUUUCAUGCGCAAGCUCCAGGCCGACUACCAGCGAAACAAUGGAUCCAAGCCGGAGGAAUUGUGCGUCAUGGCAACGGGCGGUGGUGCUUUCAAGUACUACGACAGGAUACGAGAAGCGUUGAAUGUCGAGGUGAUUAGAGAGGAGGAAAUGGAAUGUCUAAUCAUUGGCCUCGACUUCUUCAUCACAGAAAUCCCCAAGGAGGUUUUCACCUACAGCGAAGACUCGCCCAUGGAAUUCAUGGACCUACCAUCGCAACCCCCUUCGAUAUACCCCUACCUGCUUGUCAACAUUGGCUCUGGCGUGAGCAUGAUCAAGGUCUCCGGGCCCCGACAAUUCGAGCGCAUUGGUGGCACAUCACUGGGCGGCGGUACAUUAUGGGGGCUCCUGUCCCUCCUCACAGGGGCGCGCAACUUCGACGACAUGCUCAAGCUCGCUGCAAAGGGUGACAAUUCGACAGUGGACCUCCUCGUCGGCGACAUCUACGGCGGAGCAUACAACAAGAUUGGCCUGAAGAGCACCCACAUCGCCUCCUCAUUCGGCAAGGUCUACAAACAAAAGCGCGUCGCCGAACAAGAAGCAGAAGACGGCUGCAACGGCCCUCUCAAGACACACACCCCAGAGCAAGAGCUCGUCUCCGGAACAUCCGAACUCCCCCACCCAUCCUCAAUGUUCCGCCCCGAAGACAUCUCCCGCUCCCUCCUCUACGCCGUCUCCAACAACAUCGGCCAGAUCGCGUAUCUCCACGCCGAGAAGCACAACCUCCCGCACAUAUACUUCGGUGGCAGCUUCAUCGGCGGCCACGCGCAGACCAUGAACACCCUCAGCUACGCCAUCCGCUUCUGGAGCAAAGGCAGCAAGCAAGCGUACUUCCUGCGCCACGAGGGCUAUCUCGGAUCCGUGGGCGCGUUCCUGAAGAGACAGCCACGGAACUGGGGAAGGAGGAACAGCUUCGAAACGGGGGAGAAGAUGCGCGUAUAA